AGCCAGUCUCUCGUUCUCAAAAUCAAGUUUCUUGCCGCAACUAUGAAACGCUUCAACGUCCUCAACUCACUUGUCUUCAAACUCCACAAGAACUCCCAUGAAAACAUCUUCUCUAUAACGAAACUAUUCUCUUCGGCUUCACAACCACUAACUGAGAUGGAAGCAGAUCAGGUAACGAAGCAACAGCUGCUUGACUCGAUCAAUUCUUCUCAGUGGCAUUUCAUCAAACAGGUUUCGCCCAAGCUUACUCCUUCUCUUGUAUCCUCCACUUUGUUCAGUCUCCAGAAAACCCCUGAUUUGGUUCUUCAAUUCAUAGCCCACAUCGAGUCUCAUUGCCUCGAUGCUAGAACCCGCUGUCUUGCUAUAGGAAUCGUCUCUCACCUCCCGUCCCAAAAACCUGCUUUGCAGCUGUUUAAGCGAGCCAUCAAUGAUGGUCUUGCGACGAACAUAGAGUUUUUUGAUGCGCUGGCGAUUUCCCGUGAUGAGUUGGGUGUAAAGAGUAGUAUUGUUUUUGAUUUUUUGAUAAGGGCUUAUUGUGAGUUGAGGAAAGGUGAUGAUGCGUUAAAGUGCUUUGAUAUGAUGAAGAAAAAGGGAAUUUCGCCUAAGGUCGAGACUUGUAAUGAGAUGUUGAGUUUGUUUCUAAAGUUGAACAGGACGGAUACUGCAUGGGUUUUGUAUGCGGAGAUGUUCAGAUUAAGGAUUAAGUCCAGUGUGAUCACAUAUAAUAUAAUGAUUAAUGUGUUAUGUAAGGAAGGGAAGUUGAAGAAGGCAAAGGAAUUCAUGGGGUUUAUGGACAGUUUGGGAGUUAAACCUAAUAUUGCCACUUAUAACACCAUAAUCCAGGGGUAUUGUUCGAGAGGGAGGUUUGAGGCAGCUCAUGGUGUUUUAAGUACAAUGAAAGAUAGAGGUGUUCCUCCGGAUUCAUAUACAUACGCUUCGUUUGUUAGUGGAUUGUCAAAGGAAGCAAGACUUGAGGAGGCAUCUAUGAUGCUUGGAAAAAUGAAAGAAAUUGGGUUGGUUCCGGAUGCAAGGACUUACAAUAUCUUGAUUGAUGGAUAUUGCAAUAAAGGGGAUUUGGACUUGGCUUUUAGCUUCAGGGAUGAGAUGGUUGAGAAGGGGAUAUUUCCGACCGCGUCAACUUACAAUGUGUUGAUUCAUGCAUUGUUAAUGGAAUGCAAGAUGAGUGAAGCUGAUCAUUUACUUAAAGAAAUGGAAGAAAAGGGGAUUGCUCCUGAUGUUAUAACCUAUAACAUUUUGAUUAAUGGGUAUUGCAGAGGUGGGAAUGCAAAAAAAGCCUUUGAUAUUUACGAUGAAAUGGUGGUUAAGGGGAUUCAGCCUUCACAAAAAACUUAUACACCUCUUUUAUAUGUUUUGUGUAAAAGAAACAGAAUGAAGGGGGCGGAUAACUUUUUUGAGAAGAUACAGGGUAAAGGCGUGUAUCCAGAUCUCAUAAUGUUCAAUGCUUUGAUUGAUGGCCACUGUGCUAUUGGGAAUAUGGAACGUGCAUUUGCACUGUUAAAGGAGAUGGAUAUAAAGAAAGUUACUCCAGAUGAAGUAACUUAUAAUACCCUAAUGCAAGGCCGUUGUAGGGAGGGGAAAGUUGAAGAAGCCCGUGAGCUUCUUGAAGAGAUGAAGAACAGGGGAAUAAAGCCUGAUCACAUUAGUUAUAAUACCCUGAUUAGUGGGUAUAGUAGGAGAGGUGAUAUGAAGGAUGCUUUCAACGUUCGGGAUGAGAUGUUGAAUAUCGGAUUCAACCCUACGCUUCUCACAUACAAUGCUCUUAUAAAAGGGUUGUGCAAAAACCAAGAAGGUGAUCUUGCUGAAGAACUACUUAAAGAAAUGGUUAGUAAUGGCAUUAAACCUGACGACAGCACAUACAUCUCUUUGAUUGAGGGAAUGCAAACGGUUGAUAAUUGUUCAUUAAGUAGUGAUUUGUAGUCAAUUUUUUCGUCACAAACAGUUGACCUUUAAUGGCGAAUGGGGUAUUUCAAAUUAAAUCUUCCCCUUUUUCUGCAUGAAGAAAAGCUCUGGUUUGGGAUCUUUUGGUACUUCAAAGUUCAAAGUACAAAAUAUUCCCCUGGUUCAGCUCAGAUGGCUACAUUGUGGAGUAAAUUAUUGCUAGUGGAUUGAAUCUAUAUGAGCUUCACAAAGAGGCAUAUCUGUUGGUCUUGGAAUUUGGAACUUGUUCUUUUGGAAUUAUACAACAUAUUUUCCUUUCAUUUAUUCUCCUAUCAUAUUUUCUUAAAUAAGAUUAGGUAUUCAUCUUCUUUCUUGUUUGUAAAGUUAGCAGGGCAAUGCUGCUGAAUGUAUUCUGGGGUUGAAACUAUUAGCAUUGCAUUAGGUACAUUUAAAAAUGAUCUUCCUGGAUUCCAUCUACAAAAUGCAAUAGAAUAAUGUCGCUUUAAUAUGUGAAUUUUAAGAAAUAUACAUGAUAUGUGCACAUCAGAAAGAUUUCUUUUCUGUCUUCCAAACCCCUUCAGAUCAUGUUCAUUCCUUCUGUUUCCAGCUUCCAUUUCCAUUUAUAGUCACCGUGUCUUCUUUGCUUUGUCAGUUCACCUUUUAGCUGCAGUGUUUAAAUUGCCAGUUCCUAAUUGUCUGGUGCAAAAUAUUUUCCUCUCUGAUCUCAUGGGAUCAAAGGUAAUCCUUUCGUUUAGUUAUAUGUUUUUUUGAAAUAAACAUUAUUUUUUUCCUGGUUAUACAUCAUUCACAAACAUGGUGGCAACAUUGAUUUUUUAACUGAUUUAAUUGUAUGUAAAUUCUGGAUUUAUAGUAGGAUGUAUAUCCUUAUAAUCACUGGUAGCUCAUUAGAUCUCUGUCUUAUUUAUUUCCUAAGUUCCCUUAUGUGAAAAUGCAAGAUCUUAGAGAAUUGUGUCUGAAGCAGUCUUUGGAUGAUUAAAAUUUGAUGAAUUGAUAUCGUCGAAGGGUAGAAUUCAUCGCUUUGGUAAACUAUAAUUAGGUUUGCCUUUCUAGAUGACUUAAUGCUAUCUAAGAUCACUAAGUGGCCAUAGGAGGUUCUACUCUUGAUGUAUUCUUUAAAGCGCUUUUGUUUGCUUGCCCAUACCCUGCUUUUCUGACAUACAUGGCAUUAGUUUAGAAACUCUUGAGAAUGGUAGCAUCUCAGGUGUUUAAAUUUCCAACUGAAUUGACGAUGAUGCUAUCUAAUUUUGAAAUUUAUAUGAGCUCACUGAUUCUCCAAUAAUCCAUUGUUUUGCAAUAAGGAGGUAUUAGUUCUGCCUGUCAGAGGCUUUGCGUCAAAGGUAAAGAAAUGGCUGGUUCUAUGUUUAUGUAAUAUGUUUCAUUUACUUUAGUUAUAAACAGACAACUUUCUCAUACAUUGUCUGGUAGCUGUCUUUUGCUGAGAAUUAAUUGUUGGACCUUAUGUAACCUUCUAUUUUCAGUUAUCUUCUUCCUCAUUUGUGAGCACACAAUCUGCAUAUUCAGAAGACUCUAGGUUUCUUUGCUGGUUAGUGCUGAUCUCAAACUUGAGAAACAAAAAAUCAAUUGUUAUGAUGCCUUUUAAAUAAGCUCGCUUGGAAUUUAUUUCUAUCCGUAGCACAUUUGCAGGUGGGUCUUUUUUUUUUUUUUGAUAGAUGUGAAUUUUAUGAGAUGAGAAUUACAUAAUAAGUUGUUUUCAUUGUCAACGGCUGUGCCGUGCUGAGUUCAAUCAAAAUGCGCAUGUUAUUUUAAUAACCAUCAUCUUACACUUCAAAUAUCAUUCAGGCAGUGCACGGAUAAGAACACCGGCAGAAGUUUAUUUGGUACUUGAUAGACUUAUUGUUCACAGGUAUAAACGAAAAGGCAAGGGCAUCAGAGAGCAGCAAGUGUAGGGCCUUGAUGAAGACACAUGUAAUCUUUUUAUUGGCAUGUCCUGUUGGUAACAGACUCUGAGUAUAUAGUCUGGUAGCAGUAGUGGUAGUGGUAUUCUGGAAUUGAGUAGGACGUGUUGUCUUUUGGAGGUCCUAACUCCUCGAAAGUUAGGUUUAUCUUUGCAUUUCCUGUGUAACAGCUUUCUCUUGUUUUUCCCUUUCAAUCAAUAUAGCCACAUUCCUCUGGUUUACAAGUUA